AUGGCCUCCCAUUCCAUCCAAACCAUUGGCGUCAUCGGCACCGGCGUUAUCGGCUCCAGCUGGACUGCCCUUUUCCUUUCUAGAGGUCUGAAGGUAAUUGUGACAGACCCGGCUCCAGAAGCAGAGACCAAGCUGCGCGACUAUCUGGAGAAAACAUGCCCACUUGUACCAGGCUGCACUCUAACACUCGAGACGUGCCUGAGUAAUCUGACAUUCGUGACCAACAUUGAUCCGUAUCUCGAGAUCGUGGAUUUUAUACAAGAGAGUGGAAACCUCAUUGUGGUGAAUCAGAACGGCCCAGAGAGACUCCCUAUCAAACGGUCCCUGAUCGCCCACCUAGACGCCCUCACUCCCAGACACAUUCCAAUCGUCUCCUCGUCCUCAGGCAUUCCCUCAUCAAUGUUCAUAGCGGACUGCAAGAAUAAUCCAGCCCGGAUACUUAUCGGCCACCCGUUCAAUCCGCCGCACCUUGUUCCAUUGGUUGAAAUCGUUCCGCAUCCGCGUACGGCCAAUGAGCACAUCGCUGCCGCAUAUGACUUUUACAAAAGUCUUGAUAAAGACCCCGUAAUCGUUCGUCAGGAAACGCCAGGAUUUAUUGCGAAUCGCCUCCAGGCCGCGCUGUGCGCGGAGGCUUAUAGUCUAAUAGAAAGGGGUGUUGUAUCGCCAGAGGAUCUUGAUAAGACAAUGACAUCGGGCUUGGGUCUCCGCUGGGCUGUGACUGGACCUGUUAUGACGAAUACGCUCGGCGGGGGUGGAGAUUUCGGUCAUUUCAUGGAUCAUUUGGGACCAGCAUUGAAGUACUGGUUGGGUGAUAUGCACAAGCAUGGAUUUGACUUCGAGUCACAAGAAAAGACAGAUGACCUUAAGAAGCGAGUGAGCGUUUGGGUAUCGAAUCUUGAUUUAAGUGACCUGGAAAGAAGGAGGGAUGAGGUCUCUGAGUACAGCCUCAUGCUGACCUACAGCCGCAUUAUAACACUGCCAUAA